AUGGGGGCUGACUGGCUGCGCCUCAAGGGCCUUUCACGGCUGCGUGAGCUGGACCUCCACACAAACCACCUACUGGAAGCGCUGCCGGCAGAGCUGGCGCGCCUCCCCGCCCUGACCAGGCUAAACCUCAGCGACACCAUGCUCGCAUCCCGGCAGGGCAUGCCAGUCUUGGCACGGCUGCGCGAGCUGGACCUGUCCGGGUGCAGCCUGUCGGAGGUGCCCGCGGCGCUUGCGCGCCUCACAGCCCUAACCAGACGGGACCUGGCCCACAACCACAACCUGUCCAGCGGCUGGGAGCGCUUGGCGGGCCUCGCACAGCUGCGGGUGCUGGACCUGCGCGCGUGCGGUCUGGAGGCGCUGCCGGCGGCGCUGGCACGCCUGACGGCCUUGACCAAGCUGAACCUUGCCGACAACCCCAUCAACGCCGGCUGGGAACACCUGGCGGGGCUGGCACAGCUGCGUGAGCAGUCCUGGGCUGCCCAGCUGGCGGCCGGUCUCGCAGCGGUCGGCAUGCAGCUGGACCUGCAGCAGCCAGCACCUGUUGACCUCGGCGAGCUGGGGGAAGCUGCGCAGCGCCGCCAGCUGGCGCAGCUCCAGGAGGCGCUGGCGAAGGGCGGCGCCAGCCGGCUGGAGCACUAUGUGCACAACGUGGUGGGCGCCCUCAACCUGGCGCCCGCCAUGUUUGGGCAGCGCGAGACCUACCUGGAUGCAGUACGGCGUCGGCAGGACCGCGAGGCGCUGGCGCAGCUGCGCACCGGGUCGCAUUGGGGCGCGGAAGAGACCGGCCGCUGGACGCGGCGCCCCCGAGAGCAGCGA